CGGCCUCGAUCGCGCUGCCCGCCCGCCACUGGCCAUCCGAUAGCUAGCCGGUGGUUUGGCUAUUUAUACAUACCCAGGAGGCUGUGCGCUAAGGCAUCCAAGAAGUGAGCUCGAGCAGCAGCAAGAGAGAGGAAGAGCUUGGGCUUGCUGCAGAGAUGGCCCCCUCCGUGAUGGCGUCGUCGGCCACCACCGUCGCUCCCUUCCAGGGGCUCAAGUCCACCGCCGGCAUGCCCGUCGCCCGCCGCAGCUCCAGCUUCGGCAACGUCAGCAAUGGCGGCAGGAUCAAGUGCAUGCAGGUGUGGCCGAUCGAGGGCAUCAAGAAGUUCGAGACCCUGUCGUACCUGCCGCCGCUGAGCGUGGAGGACCUCCUGAAACAGAUCGAGUACCUGCUGCGGUCCAAGUGGGUGCCGUGCCUCGAGUUCAGCAAGGUCGGCUUCGUCUACCGCGAGAACAACAGGUCCCCCGGGUACUACGACGGCAGGUACUGGACCAUGUGGAAGCUGCCCAUGUUCGGGUGCAGCGACGCCACCCAGGUGCUCAAGGAGCUCGAGGAGGCCAAGAAGGCCUACCCUGACGCCUUCGUCCGCAUCAUCGGCUUCGACAACGUCAGGCAGGUGCAGUGCAUCAGCUUCAUCGCCUACAAGCCCCCGGGCUCCGACUAAUCUCCUCGCCGUCGUCGUCGUCACCGCCGUCGCGGCGUUGUUCACAGAUUGAUGCUUUCGUUUUGCUUUCGUGCAUUCCCCGUGCGUCUCUGUUUGUUCUUCUCCGAGUUUGUUGUAUUUACCCGGCCGUGCUGCUCUGCUUCUGUUGUGUUUCACGUGAUCUCUCUCUGACUUUGGGUCUUGAUUGUAAGAGUGCUUAUAUAUGACUAUAUGUUGUUGGAUGAGGCAUAUGUGAAUGAAAUCUAUGCAAGCUCCGGCUAUUUGUGUAAAA